AUGGCUGCGCACGGUGCAGCGCACAAUAUGUCGUUAUCCAAAUUGCAGUCUUUAAAUGGAAUUUUUGCUGUAUAUAAAAAGAAAGGACCCACGUCGGCUGACGUUUUAAAUGCAUUAAAAGAGAAACUUUUAAAAGAGGCAGGGGUGGCGAAUCCCAACCCGCGUAAGAGGAAGAAACAAGCACUGAAACUCGGCCAUGGGGGAACGUUAGACAGCGCAGCCUCUGGGAUCCUUGUUGUAGGAAUUGGUGAUGGGACCAAGAUGCUCACCACCAUGCUAGCAGGGUCAAAGAAAUACACAGCUGUUGGAGAGCUAGGGAAGGCCACAGACACUCUUGAUGCCACAGGGAAUGUUGUAAAGGAGCAGAGCUAUGAUCAUAUCAGCAGGCAGGACAUGGAGGAGAAGCUGAGACACUUCACUGGAGACAUCCUGCAGGUUCCUCCGCUUUACUCUGCCCUGAAAAAGGAUGGCAAACGCCUCUCUGUUCUCCUAAAACAAGGUCAUGAGGUGGAGGCGAAGCCCGCUCGUCCAGUUAAGGUCUACAGUCUGACAUUAAAGGAGUUCAGCCCUCCGCACUUCACUCUGGAUGUUGAAUGUGGUGGGGGAUUUUAUGUCAGAAGCUUAGUUGAUGACCUUGGAAAAGCCUUGUCGUGCUGUGCCCACGUUUGUGAGCUGAUCCGGACCAAACAGGGCCAGUUCACUCUGGAUCAGCACGCGUUACACGAGGACCGCUGGACCCUGCAGGACAUCAGCCAGUCUCUGCAGUGCAGCCCGGCGUCCAUGGCCCAAGAGAAAAACGGCAAGAAACCGAACACAGACAACAGUUCUUCUCAGGCUGGCGCACAGGAGGAUGGAGAAACAUCGCAGCAGUAAUCAACUCACAUCAGAACUGACGUUCUCCACUAAGGAGCUGUACCACCAGGUCUGCGGUCUGGUCCCAGUCUAGCGUGUCACUCAGACCACCCAUGCCUGCGCUGAUCUUUGGCCGUGUGGUAUGGUUCUGACGGGUCCAUACUCAGGACCAGGGAUAUUGAGGGUGGCAUAAAAGCCACCGCCCAGACGCGAACACUCUGGAAAGAAUCCGAGCUCCUCUCAAUAAUACAAGGUCCACUUUACUGACUGUUCUCUAAUAAUGACUUUGAUUGGACUUUGUUCUGAUCCAGGGUUAGAACCACAGAGCUUUGAUCCAUUUUUUCCCAAGCAUUGCUGGCCUCUUAUUGGUUCCCUAUAUCACAACAUUUGAAUGUCAGCGUGCCAGCUGAUUGGCUGGUUGGAUCCGGAUUGGUGAUGAGUGACAGUGUUUUUUGAAUGUUUUCAUUUGAAAAAAGCGCACUGCAGCCUUCAGUUAGUGAUCUAAGUUAAAACGCGUAGAAAACAGAAAUUUCAGCUGUAAAUGUUUUUUCUUGGUUAGCCUUUAGAAGGCAAUUAUUUUGG